AUGGGGUCCAAGCCCAACAUGAAGAUCCCCUACAUAGAAACACCACUCAUCAAAUCCAACUCUCUCUCAGAAGUAGCCGGCUGCAAUGUCUUCCUCAAGCUGGAGAACCUCCAGCCCUCAGGGUCCUUCAAGUCUCGCGGCAUAGGCAACUACAUGGUGGCCAAGCUCGCCGCGCAAGGGCCCGACGCCGCCAAAGCCCACUUCUACUGCUCCUCAGGAGGCAACGCCGGGCUGGCCUGUGUCCACGCCGCCAUUACACUGGGCUGCCAGGCCACCAUCAUCGUCCCGCUGUCCACGACUGCGUACACCAUCGACAAGCUGCGAAAGGCCGGCGCCUCAGAUGUGAUUCAAAUGGGUGCCUCAUGGCAAGAGGCCGAUGACUAUCUCACAGGCAUUCUGAUGGAGGAAGCCCGUGCUAAAGGAGACGUAGCCAUCUACGUGCCUCCGUUCAACGCACAGGAGAUUUGGGAUGGCAACGCGGGCAUCUCGCACGAAAUCGCAAGGCAAAUUCCCACAAUGGUCAAGCACUAUCCGGUAGCCGUGGACGGCGCAACAGAUGACGAUGCUACGGCACGCAUAGCCGAUGUCGAUGCCAUCAUUUGCAGCGUCGGCGGAGGCGGCCUCUUGUCAGGUGUUGUGCAGGGUCUCGACGACCUGUCCAUGAACCAGACUCGAGUCAUUGCUGUCGAAACAUUAGGAACAGACUCACUUCAUCAGGCGGUCCAAAAGGGCGAGCUAAUCACGCUGCCCGCCAUCACCAGCCUCGCCACCACUCUCGGCGCGAGAACCGUCUGCCAGAGAGCCUUUGAGUACGGGCUCCGUGACCAAGUCUCAACCGUGGUCCUCUCCGACGCUGAGGCCAUUGCCGCUUGUAAGCGGUUCGCUAGCGAGGAGCGCUUUCUCGUCGAGUUAUCGUGCAGCGUCUGUCCUGCCGUCGUGUACAGCGGCCGCUUGAAGGAGCUGGUUCCCGGCCUCAACAAGAAUAGUGUCAUUGUGCUUGUAAUAUGUGGAGGGUCCAAUAUAUCGUACGAGAUAUUGGAGCAAUAUCUCUCAACCCUGGCUACCGAACAAACGAGCUGA